UACUUUAACAGAAAGUUUGCAAAGUCAUCGCUAAACAACAAUAAUAUCAACAAAUAAACUAAAAGUGGUUAUUAUUAUUUAAAACUUAUUGUUUAAAACAGUUUGAGUUGUAUUAUUGAAAGAAUUGGUGACCAAACAAAGCUAUUUUUAUUUGAAAAGUGAUUUGAAGUAAAUAUUAAGUAUUUAGUGAUUGUGUGGCAAACUGGCACAGACUCAAGAUAUUGAUGAAAGUGAUGACAAGCAGUCAAAUGGACACAAACCAGUCAUCAUUGAUGAUAAUUAUGAUAGUGAGGGACAAGUGAAGCACAGAGUGGUGGAGCGCGUCUUUAUCUGUCGUUGUUGUAGUACAGUAUCGGUCUGUUUGGCCAAAAGGAUGGCCAAAGUGACCAAAAUUUUAUUGUUUUUCUUUAAUUUUAUUCUCUGGUUGAUUGGAUGGGUAUUAGUUGGAAUAGGUAUUUGGUUGAUAGUUGAUCCCAAGUCAUAUGAGCCCAGUAGGUUCAUCGAUACAUACAAUAUAGUAACUGCUGCUUACAUAAUGAUAGUGGUCGGCGGUAUCAUUAUGUUUCUCGGACUACUCGGAUGUGCCGCCGCUUUCACUGAACAAUCAUUUUUGUUAACAAUUUAUGGUAUCGUACUAUUAAUACUAUUUGGUUUACAAGUGGCCACAAUUACUUUGGGUAUAUUUCAUGGAUUUGGAGAACAACUCUACAACUUUGCAUUCAGGGAACUGAUCGCUGAAUUACAACAAUAUCCUUAUGAUGAUAGAGCCAGAGGUUUCAUUGACUUCUUUCAAGUCAAGCUAAGAUGUUGUGGUGUUGUAUCUUUGAAUGACUAUCAAAGGUAUGGUAUGUCAAUCCCAACCUCAUGUUAUUUGACAGGAACUCAAUUUCUCAAUCAAAAGGGUUGUGCUCUUGCUUUACGUGAAUUUCUUGAAUUAAGAAGUGGUAUAAUUGGUUUGUUGUGUUUAAUCGCCGCUUUAAUCCAAUUAACACCAUUUCCAUACAUUGAAUGUCAUACAGACUAUAGAGGAGGGUUGGGUAUAUCCCGUUGCCCGACACACCAACAUUUGUUUCUUGACGAGAGGAAGCUUAUGGAUCUCAUAAGAAGAUGGCAUCAAAGUGUUUGGCAAACUCUUAUUGGACACAAACUCGAGUAUUAA